AGGUAAGUCAUGGCUGAGGAGGAGAAAAUGCCCGAGGACGGGAACCCGACCGAUGAGGGUAAAACCGACGAAGGGAAUCCCACCGAUGAGGGUAACCCUACUGACGAGGGUAACCCUACCGACGAGGGUAAAACUACAAACGAGGGUAAAACCGAUGGUGGAAACCCGACCGAUGAGGGAAAAACGAACGAAGGGGGUAAAACCCCCGAAGAAUGCUCAUGUACAUCUGAAAAAGUUAUGCAGUUCUUACAAAAGAUGGCUAAGGAAAGUGGCACCGAAGACUUGACCGAUCCAGCACUUGCGGAAUUUCUCUCAAAAAGUGAUGGCCUGAAACACGUCAGAGAUCAAUUCUACUAUCCAAAAUGUGGCACUCUUCCAGAAGCCGAUCCAUCUCUCUGCGAUCCAGAAUCUGAUUCCAUAUAUCUAUGCGGAAAUUCACUUGGAUUGAUGCCAAAAGCUACGGAGCGAAUCAUGCACGAACAACUUGAUAAAUGGGCUAAGAUGGGAGUUUUCGGGCAUACAAAAGGAGAAAUUCCAUGGGCUCAUUGUGACGAACAUGCCUUGGAAGGUGUAGCUCAUUUAGUCGGUGCAAAACCUGAAGAAGUUGCUUUGUGUAACGGUCUCACUGUCAACAUUCAUGUGCUACUAGCCGCUUUCUAUAAACCAACCGAAACCCGCCAUAAGAUUUUGUUGGAAACAAAGGCAUUCCCCUCAGACCAUUAUGCAAUCGAAUCUCAAAUCAGAUUGCAUGGAAGAACAGUAGAAGAGAGCAUGGUCUGCCUUCCACCUCGUGAAGGUGAGGUAUGCUUGCGAAAAGAAGACAUUCUUUCUUACAUAGAAGAGCAUGGAGAAGAGAUUGCGAUUAUUUUUCUGCCUGGCAUACAAUACUACACAGGACAGCUGUUCGAUAUCCAUGCUAUAACCACUGCUGGUAAACAAAAGGGAUGCUUAGUCGGGUGGGACCUGGCUCACGCUGUCGCAAACGUUCCGCUCCAUCUACACUACUGGGAUGUAGAUUUUGCUGCUUGGUGCUCUUACAAGUACAUGUGUACCGGUGCUGGAGGACUUGCAGGACUCUUUGUCCAUGAGAGAUUUAAGACCGAUCAUAGAGAUCGCAUGUUGGGAUGGUGGAGUCAUCGAAUGGAAACUCGUUUCAAUAUGGAUAAUGUGAUGGAUCUUGAUGACGGUGCAGCUGGCUAUAGAAUAAGUAAUCCACCCAUUCAUCUUGUAGUUCCUGUGAUGGGAAUGUUGGAGGUGUUCAAAACUGUAAAGCUAGAGGAUCUUAGGACGAGAUCAUGUUAUCUGACCGGAUAUCUCGAGUUCCUUGUCAAGCACUUCUUCGAUGAAGCUUCUGAGCACAAAAGCUCAAAAAUAACGUGCAAGAUAAUUACACCACCAGAAUUUCACGAGAGGGGAUGUCAGCUUUCUCUGCAAUUUUCUGUGUCCAUCGAUGUCAUCUACAAAGAGCUUGUAAAACGCGGUGUUGCGUGUGACAAAAGAUAUCCGGAUGUGAUACGUGUCACCCCUGUGCAUCUCUACAACAACUAUGUCGAUUGUCGACGCUUCAUCACUGCACUGCAGGAAGCCUGUGCCGUCGCAGAAUCAUCUCUCUAAAUUUUUUUGUAGUUAAGGUGUUGUCAAGAACUCACAAAGAUAAAUGAAUCUGAAGCAUUUCA